AUGGUGAGCCACUCCAUUCACACACAAUCAAUCUAUCAGUCUCUACUGCUGGGCUUGAAGGAAAGAGAUGAAGGAUCGGCAACUACCAGGACUCAAAUCCAGACUAGCCCGAAAUGCAAGGACAAGGAGGAUAAGAAAGCCAAGACAAGUGAGACGAGUGAAACAGCAGUGGACAAAUCACCCAAAGUCCUUCCAGCCCGCAUUAUACUAGAACUUACCCCAGAACAGAGGAUGAGGCAGACACCGUUUGAGAGGAUGCUUUAUGAUAUGAACCAUGACCAGAGGGUGGUCAACGACCUUAUACUGGGCCGAAGGAUCUCCUUCUACGAACUCAGGGGGGAAAUAGGGUGCGGCAACUUCUCCAAUGUUAGAUUGGGGAUUCAUGCCCUGACUAAAGAGAGGGUUGCCAUCAAGAUUCUGGAUAAGCUUCGGCUGGACAAGAAGUCUCAGUCCCUGUUUGCCACAGAGAUCAGCUGUAUGGAGAAGCUGUCCCACCCUAACAUUGUCCGUCUCUAUGAGGUGAUAGAGACCACCAAGUGCCUGCACCUGGUGAUGGAGUACGGUAGUGGAGGGGAUCUCUACUCACGUAUCGCCAACAGGGGCCGUUUGUCUGAGCUGGAGACCAAGCUCACCUUUGCCCAAAUCAUCUCAGCCAUCAAACACAUGCAUGACAACAACAUUGUCCACCGAGACAUGAAAGCAGAGAACGUCUUCUACACCACCAGCUAUUGCAUCAAGGUGGGAGACCUUGGCUUCAGCACAGUGACUGGUCCAACCGAAGUCCUCACCACGUUCUGUGGCUCCCCGCCCUACGCCGCUCCAGAGCUCUUCAAAGAGAAAGGCUACGUGGGUCGUUACGUGGACAUCUGGGGCUUGGGCAUCCUCCUCUACUUCAUGGUCACCGCUACCAUGCCUUUCCACGCCGACAACCUGGUGCAGCUGAAGCGUUGCAUCAUACAGGGAGCCUACGCCUUCCCAGGCUACGUACCCAACCCCUGCCAGCAGGCCAUAAAGGGCAUGCUGAGACCCGUGCCCGCUAACCGCGACUCCAUCUCCCAGAUCAUGACCAGCACGUGGCUGAAGAGCAUCGAGUACCCCCAGGCAUACGCCACCCUGCCCCAGACACCCUUCUACCUGGCGGAGACCUCCCAGGUCCUGUGUGUGGAGGAGCAGGAGGUGAAGUCAGCCCUUUAUGACCUGGGCAUCAUGGCAGUCCAUCUGCAGAGCCACACCUGUACAGACAAUUGCAGCCCCCUGACGGGGACUUACCGUAUCCUCCUCCACCGCGUCCAGAAGAGGAGGUCCAUGGAGGCGGUGGGAUAUGCAGCCCUCUAUCCUGAGGACUUUGGCACUAACAAGAGAUGGACGCCCACUGCUGUUGUGGUCAAGCACAACCCUACUAAUGUCUGUGUUAUACUAUAGACCAUGGUUUCACAACCAUUUUGAUACCAGGGUCUGGCAAGUUAUGGAUCUCCUCUUUGGAUUAAAAGUUCUCAGACAACUAUCUGAGGGACCAGUUAGCAACAUCUCAGGGACCAGUGCUGCUCCAUGGACAAGACACAGACACACACCACUCUUAGGGAUCUGCUGUUGCUUAUUCAUUGCAGUACAGAGGAUAGGUAGAUAAAUAGCACCAUCUUCUGCUCACAUUAAUCAUUACAUUUCAGUGUGGAAAUAAACAAUGGUUAAGGUUAAGAUGACAGGGUCUGGUUUGAACUGUACAGUCCAUUACUUCUAUUGCAGUUAAUGGACUAACAAGGCUACAGUAAUUGACUUCAGCUUGUCGUGACCCUUACGUCACUCAAUAGGCCUAUGUUCUGUACAAUAGGCUUACAGCGAGAGGCAGAGUGGCGCAAAGGAUUAAUAACACUCUCAGCAUCUUCCAAGCCUACUCAGUCCAGUGUUUCAUCAAAAUAUAACCGGGGUUGCUAUUCACAACAUUUUAAUAUGUGUAAAACAGAUUUCUUGUACAUAGCAGAGCACAUGCACAGAUCUUUAUUUUGGCUAUUCAACGGCUUGGAACAAGUGCAGAGUUGAUCUGAAAAUGAAUGCCUUUACUUUGAUAUGAUGUAAGUAAACUGCAGUAACACAUUGCUUAUGAAACUAAAUAUGUACAAGCAUUUUAAAAAUGCUUUACUGAUAUACUUCAUUCACAUAUUUGCAAUUGGAGGUGCACAUUCAUGCUCAAGAGAAACAUAUAGUUUGAAUCUGAGCCUGAUAUGAGUAAAAAUGCCAUACUUUUUAAAUACAUUUUAAAAGAAACAUACACGAGCCAAAUUCAUAGUUAUUUUUAUUUUGUUAUCCAGCACCUCUUGGGGGUUGAGGGGACAUCCUGCAGGGGGCGUCACAUGACAAGUGUAUCCUCUCCAAAGUAGGCAGUAGGCUCUAACAGUGGAAAGGCCUUUAGGGAAGACUAGCAAGGCUAUAUUGUGAGUAUCCCCUGAGUAGCAUUUGAAUAUGAUCUGUGUAUUUGAGGCACGUAUUUGUUCAUUUAUUACAUCAUGGACCUCGCAGAACCUCAGCAUCUUUCAGAAAAUAGAUACUAAAGAGUAUGUUGGUAUAUUAUCAGUCAAAGACAAUGAAAGAUAUAAAACUUCCAAAGCCUUUUUAGAGGUUUUGUACUUGAGGUGUUAAAGUGUUACAAGUUCUUAUGAGGUCACCCAUUAUAACCCAACCUACGCUCGCAUAAAAAUCAAGACGGUUAGUUUGUAUAAACAUUAGCAGUUUCUCUAACUGUCCUCCCAUCUUCCUCAUUUCCCAUGAGAGUAUUACUAACCUCUGUAAUCUAAGCAGUGAUAAAAGCUGUCAACACUUUUACUUUUCUCUCAUUCUUAUGUGUAGGUUCUACCAGUUUGUACCUGCAACUGUUAUGUUUCUCUCCAUUAAUUGGCAGUCUGACAGGGCAGUAGAUUUUGCAAUAAUCAGAUAAACCCCAGCCUUGCCUUUAUCCUGUUAAGGCAAGCAUGUGAACACAAAAUGAUGGAGAGACAAACUAUCAAAUUACCCCAAGCUAGUGCCAAAGUGGAGUCCUGACUUGCCUUGAACCCUUUGACUUAAUAAUGCUCAAUAGGUCUAAAAACUGCUUUGACUAUGUCCUUUUGUCUUCAAGAGUGCAAGCUAAUACAUCAAAAUGAAAGAAGACCAAUAAAUAAUGUUUCUGACUGGAGCAUUAUAAUGAUAAGGAAUAACUAAUCACCUCCGUUAUCCCAUGUAAUCUUUGGGAAUGGUCUGUUUGACAUGCUAAGGUUCUGGGUAGCUGUAUGUCUUAGCUGAGUGAAUGUGGUUGCUACUUGAAUUUAUUGUCCCUCAAUGAAUAACAAAUUAUUAUUUAUAUAGUUCAACAGUUCCCUCCCCUGAAUAUCAUAAUGAAGUGUUGAAAGCACCUGUGCCGAAGAUAUGUCAAAAUUAAUAGACAGAGAUAAUAGGAAAGGGGAACUUUGUGUCUACUGUACACACUUAAUUACACAAUUACUCAAUUAAUUUCAGCUUUACCUCACCAUUUUUGAUUGGAAUGACAGUUCGGUAUCCGCAAAAACUUGUUGAGUGGAUG